UGUGUGUCUGUGGGUUUAAAGAAAACCUUUAAAUCUAAUUUAUGUGUUGUAUCAAAUUGUUCUCCUUUGUAGGUGGUGGUGUCCAGGAAAUCAACCGCUUUAACGCUGGUGGUGGACUUUACCUUGAUGGAUGGAUUGUUCCUUAUGGAUCUUAGGGAGCAGAUAGAACCUCCUUGCCCUGGGUUCAGAGGAGCCACGCAGGUCCUGGGAAAUCAAUUUCUCCACCUCAGGGGGGAGAGAGCCCAUUGGAGGAGACCAGUCUGACUCCGGCAUAAAAGGUAAGUGUUCAUUUUUAUUCUUAUCAAUAUUAUCCUUAUAGUAGAUGGCCAAUUUAACCCUUCUGUGGUAUUUUUGCAGGUCAUACCUCAUCAACGUUUUGAUUUUAUCCCUGUUAUUGUUCGCCUGGGUGGGAAUAAAGGUUAAACCCCUGUUUAAGAGGGAACACUGUGCAUCACUCAAAGCAAAGUGCUUCUUGAUACGAGACGCCGUGGCCUUGGACCAGUGGACGUUGUCCCCGGUCACUGUGAAGGCCCUCUUCUCCAGCGCCGGGAUGUGGUGGCUGCGCUGUGAAAUGCGGCUGUUCAGCCGCCUUUUUGUCCCGCUGGGCCCUGUGGUUGAUGCCCAGGGACAGGAUGAGUCGUUCCACGUGCUCAGCCACCGGUGUCCUCUGCAGCAGGUUAAGAGACCAGUCCCGGGUUUUAUUCAGGGUCACUAUAUGUUUGGCUGCAGCCAUUACCUGAGCAUCCGAUGGAGCAGAGGUCUCACCGUUGGAGGAAGACGCAGCUGGGACCGGGGUCCGCAUCCUAGAGCCAAAGAGCUGGAGGCCUGCGACUGUGCAGGGGAGGCUGUGGCUGCCUCUGCAGCCUCCUGGCUGCUCAACUCCCCCUGGCGGACAUCAGAGGUGCUGCAGAGGUCCCCGUCAGCUGUGGGGGACGCUGUCGUCCCAGGAGGAAGAGGAGGAAGAGGAGGGUUAGGUUAG